AUGUCCUGCUUGCACUAUCAAUCGAUGGAUCCAUCGAGGGAGAGACCCUACUACGAUGGCCAGUACAACAGUUACUCUUCCUAUACUCCACGGACUCAAACCCCGGACACUUAUCGAGGAUAUUACUCCAGUUGGAGAAUGGCCGAGCAUCAAGGGAACUUUGAAACACCCACUGCAGCAAAAGGCGACACGUACUCCGACAUCCGAAGUCAAACCGGAAGAAGCACGUACAAACAGGAAACGUUGCUGCACGGGGACCAGAUCGCCAUCGAUAAAAUGCAAACGAAAAUGAAAUUCCUCGAGAACAGCAAUAUUGUAAUGCAAACUCGUAAUCAGAAUCUUAUCACCGAAAACAAAGCCCUUGCAUCCCAAUUGAAAGAGGAACAGACCGAGAUAAAAAAGCUUGAAAAAAUGAUUGCAUCGUUACGAGAAGAACUCGACAAUGAAAAAUUGAAAGUGGAGCAAAUAAAGGAGCAAGCGGAACAAGCCAGUAAAAAGAACGCAUCCAUGCUGAAAGCCAGCGGAACCUCGACUACGAACAUCGUAUCCAGGAUCGAUCGAGGGAUACAAAUUUGGGCGGUGUGCAUGGGAUGCCAGAGGAAGUUGGAAAGUUGCGAGAAACAACCCCCCACUGUUACUAUUACCAAAUCUGAGUUGGAAGUAUUAGAAAAGGACAUGCAAACUUUACGGGACACCAUAAUCGCUAGGGAGGAAGCAUGGGACAAGGCUAUGGAACGGGAACAGAACUAUCGACAACAACUGACGCGAUUAACUACAGAAACGAUCACGGCUCGCCAUCUUUCCGAAACGCGCCACGAGGAGGUCAAAACGAUGUCGAACGUAUUGUCGGAGAAGGAGUCGGAAUUGAAGUGUCUUCAGAAAGAAAAUCUUUACCUGGACAAAUUGAUAACAAAGCUGUACAGUUGCUGUCUUAGAGAAAAAGAAGUGUUCAAAGCUACAAUAGCAAACGAGAUGAACGAGAAGGAUAUAAAGUUCGUGGAAGAAUUAGUCCGCCGAAUGACCAACGCGAAGUCAAAGCAAAAACCAAAAUCAAAGAGCGCUUGCUUCGAGAGGUCCAUGCAUUCGGGUGUUCACCAAAUAAUCAGUCCACGCGAUAAAAGUGCAAGGACAAUGAGGGAUCAGACUUCGUCCAGAGAUUCCAAACGAUAA